AUGCUGACAAAGAAAACUUUAUUCUUUGUUUCUUGAGUUGUUUCAAACAAAGCAGUAGGCAUAACGAGACAUUCAAAAUACACAGAAUGAACCUCUGUGUGAUUUACAUGACUGUGUUUGGGUGUGUAUUGAUCAGCAGUGUAUCAGAGACGGAACAGAAAACCAUAAUAUUAACUCCGUCUAGGGCAGAGGCUCAUCUCACGGAACGAGUGGAUAAAGAUACCCAGCAGUUAAACUACACCAUAUUGUUACCUACAGGAUACCAGACUGCUCUGAUAAAUAGUUCAGAUCCAGAUGUAUCUGUAACAGAGGACGGGCACAUUGAGAUAAAGUCCCCCCGUCCUGGGACACAACAUCUCACUGUAGCUGUACAGGAACUACGGAACUUUACAGACCCCAACAUCACCACACAUUGUCCUACGUUAAACACAGACAUUUAUCUUCACAUCACACAGAAGAAAUCUACAAGGUUAUGUGGAGAGCCUCCUGCUCUGAGGAAACCUAUAGACUACAUCUCUCUGACGCCAGGCAAACUUUUUCACACGAAGCUGGAUCCGGAAUAUUUCUCUGAUCCAGAGGAUGGAGACACAAGACAGUUAACUGUUACCAUGACAACAGGUUAUGGCAAUCCAUUACCUAGCAACCAUUGGGUACAAUUUAAUUCUGAUGAUCAGGUGAUUUACGGCUUAGUCUUGAAUGAAUCAGCUGUGAGAAAUGAAGUGUUACUAGUGGUGGCAGAUGAUUCUUGUGGACAGUCUACCCAUGAUGCAGUUGGAGUUGAGGUAUCUGGGAUAUUUAAUGAAGUGUACACCAGAGCCAAAUAUGGAUUUGUGGUGGAUUUUUCAGAUGACCCUAUUUGUCCUGUAAAGGAUCUGAAAAACUUGUAUGUUUUUGUAGAGGAACUUAAAACCUGGUUCAACAUCAGCAGAGAAAUAUUUAUAACUAAAAGAGAAAAUUGUUCACUUGUAUUGUUAAUGAAGGAAGAUCUAGAGAGUGAAGCAAUAGAUAUCAUUUCUGCUGAGGGAAGCAAAAUUUUAGAUGAGAAAGGAGAACUUAGCAGAGAAUUUUUAUGCUUCUUUCUGCCAGGGUUCAGGAUCUCAAAAUUUGAAAAUUUCAUUCAAAAUCAUUCACAAGUGGAAGAAGCCACAGAUAUUCCAUUGAUUCCAUUUAAAUCAGACAUCAACCUUUGGUUUGAGAUUGUGCUCCCUGUUAUAAUCCUACUCUCUGUCCUCCUUGUGAUGAUCGUCAUUGUAUAUGUCUGUUGUACAAGGAGGAGGAAGCUGUACUUACUCCACUCAGAGAAGCCCACGUUUCUGGAGGAGAGGAGACCCGUCAUUUUUCAGACUGAAGUCCCCGUGGAGGACCCCUCUCUUUGUCCCAGGAACCCGACCAUUUUGUCACGUGAUGACGAGUUACCUUCAUCUGAGGUGGACCUCAUCGAUCAAAGGUCACUUCCCUCCACCCCCGACUACAACCCACUCAGUACAAUACCACCUCCUGUCUAUAGGGUACCCCCUCCCUACACCAAUAAUCAUCAAUACUGGUAACGCUAACUCAAUACAAAGUCAACGCCUGCUUCAAGGGUCUGAUAAUGCUUAUUUAAUAUCCAGCCA